AGCUGGCAGUUCUUUUGUGUGCCCGCCCGGGGGUCUGCCCUUGCCAGGCUAUAAAGUGGGGGCUUCGCUGCGCCCCGAAACACAAGCCCGCUCACUCCAACAAGAAGCAGCAGCUGCCCAGACUUGAGCCCAACACCACGAUGUCUGAGACCACAAAACCCGCUGCUCCUGGCCAGGCUGCGGAGGAGAAGGAGAAGGCAGCCCCAGCGCCAACUCCAUCCCUCGACCCUGCUCCUGUGGCGAACAGCAAGGGUGAGGAGCCCUCCACAGAAGCCUUCAGGAUCAUCGUCUUCGAGCAGGAGAACUUCCAGGGCAGGCAGAUGGAGUUCACCACUGAGUGCCUGAACCUGGGGGACCGUGGCUUCGACCGGGUGCGCAGUGUCAUCGUCACCUCUGGACCCUGGGUGGCCUACGAGCAGGCCAAUAUGCGUGGGGAGAUGUUCAUCCUGGAGAAGGGCGAGUACCCUCGCUGGGACACCUGGUCUAGCAGCUACCGGAGCGACUGCUUCAUGUCCAUGCGUCCCAUCAAAAUGGUGAGUGGUCCAGAAGCAGAAAGCAUCCAGGUGGGUCCGGCCAGAGCCGGAUCCGUGCCACUUGAUGCCUCGCUGCAGCAAGCUCCAGGGCUUCGGCUGCACAACCCAGCGCCUUCCCUCUGUCUUCCCCAGGAGGCUGAGGACCACAAAAUCUCCCUGUACGAGUCUGCUGACUUCAAGGGCAACAAGAUGGAAAUCCAGGAGGAUGACGUGCCCAGCCUCUGGGCUUACGGCUUCUGCGACCGCGUGGGCAGCGUGCAGGUGCCCAGUGGAACCUGGGUCGGGUACCAGUACCCUGGCUACAGAGGCUACCAGUACCUCUUUGAGACCGGAGACUUCCGACACUGGAACGAGUGGUCUGCCUUCCAGCCCCAGAUCCAGUCCAUCCGCCGCAUCCGGGACAUGCAGUGGGACCAGAAGGGCACCUUCGUCACCCCCGAUGCGCCCUCCGACUGAGCGUGCCGCCUGCUAGCUACGAGUCCCGGGCCCCGUGGGGCACCCCCGCCUCCCCUCGCGCUCGCCUGCUCAGCACUUUCCUUGUACAUUGCACAUUCCCUGGAUGUACUCUACCUUGU